GGGGGGCGAGCUGGGCUCAACAUGAACCUACGGCUCUGACACUCCGGGCUGGGACAAGCAGGCAGCAGCCGGGCCGGCCGCCCCCCGAGCAGCAGUCGCACAGGGGAACCUGCCCGUAGAUUUGAACACAGGCAACACGUUAUCACGUUAUUCACCUGGGUGCUGAAGCGCUCAUGGCUGUCGCAUACCGAGCCCACGCUGAGUCGGGCCUGCUUUCCCAGCAUUACCCCCCGCCCCUGCUACCGAAGCCCAGGAAGGACAAUGCUCGUCUUCAGAAGCUCCUUAAGAGAACCGCCAAGAAAAAAGCCUCCUCUCAGGCAUCGCAGCCCGCUGCGCUUUUCCGCUCCAGCCUUUCCCCCGUGAAUGAAGCCAGCCCUGACCUCGAGCACAGCGACCACUCCACCCCUCCCAAGACCCCAGAGGCGCCGUUCGGCCUCCAUGGUAUCCAGCCGCCUCCGCGGUUCACUGUCAGGCCGCUGUAUCAACACGUGGCGUCGCCUUACCCACGCCGCACGGCCUUUGGCAGAGGGGCAAAAUGUAUGCCUCCGGCAGUGGGAACCCCAUCGCACUCACAGCACAUCACCACGGUUUCCUCGUACUCCACAUCGAUUCGCCUCACUGGGGAUACAUCAGCUCCGGGGCCGGUUGCAGAGUUGGCGGUAGCCCAAAUGUCUCCAACCUGUUUUAUACCCGAGGCAACAAUACCAGCAGAUGAAACAAAAAAGCCAGCUUUCAGCAUGUUUGCUGAAACUCAUGUCAUUGUGAGACCGGGAGCAGCUGGAGAAACCCCAAAGACAAAAAGUACAGGUCCGACUCCACAUUCAGCAGUAGAGGGUCAGGCUGGAGUUCGUUCUCUCACUGUGUUGACCCUUCACGGCAAAUGCAAAAGUCCACGUCCAACGUUCAAAGCAACCGACCAUUCAAGAUCACCCAGACCGAUGUUUGACGUCCCUCAAAUUAGGAUGUACACAGCAAGCACAUCGUACUACGAGUCAUCCAGGACACCACCGGUGUAUGACACAGCUGGAUUGACCGCGAUCGGCAGCACAGUACCUCAAAGUAAAACCCCAACAGAAACAAAACCAGAUUUGACUUCAGCAUCUGCGGUCAGAAGAGACACGACACCAACUCAGCUUCCUCUAAUUGUCACUGAUCCGGCGAGGAAGACACCAACAUCAGAAAUUAAAAGAGGCACUAAAGUAACAGCGGAUAUUACGGUCAUAACUCCUAAAGCUGAAACAAAAAGAGCUACACCAACGUUUGGAUCCAAAAGAGCUUCCCCAAUGGCUGGAAUCAAAGGCGCUACCGCAACGGCUGAAAGUGUUAAAACACCAACUUCUGAGUUUCAAACACCGCCGGGGCGACCUAGAACCCCAGCAUACCACUUGUCUCGCGCAACAACGCCUGUCUUUGAAGUCUCGAGACCCAAUCCUCUUUUGUUUGCAGUGUCACCAAUCACUGUCGAACCAGAGAAGUCAAGAACGCCCCACAUUGUUCCUGCUAUGGUCAAUAUAUCUGCUUCCCAAAGCAUCAAGGCUCUUGAACCUAAGCCUACUGAGACAAUACUGAAUGGGGACAUUCAUUCGGAGAUCGCUCCUGCUGUAAAACCAAUCCAGCAAAGCAUCACAAAGUCCAAAUCGGAGCCUGAUCUGACAAGAGGAACUGCUUCACCUGUCUCUCGAAGGCCUAACACUUUAACAGCUGAGCCCAAAACACUGGUAGUGAUUCCUCACUGCAAUCAGAGGCCCAAGACUCCAACAUACGAAGCAUCCCGACUUAUGACCACGUCACCUGGCUAUAAAAGACCAAGGACACCAACACACAGGACUUCGCCUUUUGGUGUAUCCCCUGUAGCCUUUCAGAGACCCAAAACCCCGACCCAAGUGACUCAAAAGUCAAAUUCUGGCUACCGGGGAUUGACCCCAGCUGAAUAUGCUGCUUACGGCGGAAUAAGAACGUACUCUCCGGCAUUUGGUAUCUUCGGAUCUAAGACCCAAACUGAGGAGGAGGGUGCAGCUGCAAAAGAGGAAUCAGCUAAAUGUAAGACAACUAGCCAAGAACCAUCUAUAAAGAAACCCAAAGAACCCCCCAAAGAUGUAGAUAAACCCCACAUGGAAGCUAAAAAGGAUACAAUCACCCCUUCAAUCCCUACUAUUAUUGUUUCACAAGCAUCCGACGCCUCAAGAACAACAUCAAAACAAAAGACAAGUACGGUAUUCUGUCAAACCGCAGAGGAACAAGCAAAAACGGUGAUUCAAAAAAUAGCAAAGGCUCCAUCUCCGGCAGCAGAGGGGAAAUCUCUUGAGAAAAAGAAAGUAGAAACACAAGUUCGAGAAGUGGCCAAACCGAAGAUGACAACUUCGGAAGCCAAACAUCCUGCACCAAACAGUGACGAGAAGGAUCCUCUUAAGGCAGUAAGAAAGCUUUUCGGCAAAGAUAAAGGUCAGGAAUCUGGAACUGAGACGAAAGACCACGUCUCAGAUAAAAAAGAGUUGGCGAAACCUGUAGACGCAACCAGGGCCAAAGGAGAAGGCUGUGAGCAAAGCACCGCAGUUCUUCCUGCUAAGACGUCUGCGGUUGAGCCAACAGGAAGUAAAGGCAAGGAUACCAAAGCAGAAUCAGCUUUGUUAGUUAAAUCUGCACUUGAGAAAAAGGAAGGAGAUGAAUCCCUCUUGGCUAAGCCCCUUCUCAAGGUCAUGCAAAGGCCGGAAGGCGUAAAAUCUAAAUUGAGCGGUUGGUCCCGACUCAAGAAGCACAUGGUCGUGGAACAGGAGGAGCCCAAAUUUCCAGAUAUAAGCACCCAGAAGGAGACCACCAGGCCGGAACAGAGCGAUGCACAAAAAGCCCCCGCCGAGAAGGCCUCCGACGAGCCCGUCACUCCGGACGAGAACCAACCCAAAGACGCUCCUGUGGCGACGAAGAUGUGGGAGGCCGUCCUCUUCCAAAUGUUUUCCACCAAAGAGAAUAUCAUGCACCAGAUUGAGCUGAACAAGAGCGACGAGGAGAAGGACGAGGGCCGCGGGGAGGAGUCGAAAGAGGUACCUUCGUUUGCCCACCGGCUGCCCGUGCUGCUUUUCAGUCCGAGGUUCGACGCCAAGAGGCUGAAGGAGGCGGCGUCGAGGCCGGUGACAAAGAUCUCCACUGUUUUUGAAAUGGGUCUGAUCGGCCGCAAAGUCAAAGACGAGGAACCAAAAGACUUUAACAGAACAGCGAGGGGGUUCGCCGCUACUUAAGCUAAAAAAAUAUAAAUAUAAUAUAUGUGCUGAGAGGAAAUUGUAAAGGAAAAAAUAAGUCAUGUUACAUGUUCGGUGUACAGGUGCAGAAGUCUUAGUCUCUGAGUUAACAAACGACUUUAUACUUGACAAUUGCUUUGUGUUUGCAUUUUUUGGCUGGUUGUCUGAUGUUGAGUGUUUGUGGAUUAGCUGGAAGAAGAAGAAAAGACAGAGACGGCUACAUUUGUCUUAAAAGUCAUUCAGACGUCACAUCUAAUUAAAGCAUUUAUGUUUUCAUUAAAGCAGAGCUUCUUGUUUCUUUCAUCACAAUAGGAUUUUGCUAAGUUAGAGUUAGUCAUUUCUUUCUCUUUAUCAUUCAAAUGUCAAGUUUUAUUCAAAAUGGUGCUACUCGCCUCAGGGUGAAAACCUCGUAAUUAGAGUUAGACGUGAUUUUUAAAAUAUUCCUUUAUGGUCUUAGAUGGUUCUAGAUUUGUAACUGAACUUUCGAGCGUCUUAAUUUGACUGUUUUUCAUUGGACAUAAUAACCGCAAAGCAGUUGAAGAAGGAAAGGAAUGCAGAGUCAGUUAUGCACAAAGAGAGGGUUUGAUUGGACGGAGAGGAGGGAGAUAUUCUGCGUGAACAGAUGAAUGUCCAGAGUAUCAGCUUCCUCACACACACAAUCACACAUUUUUGAGAUUUAUUUGUGGCAAAAGAAAACUUUCCUGAAGUCUAAAAUCCACUUGAUGUGUUUCAUCAAAAAACUUUCAUUUUUCACUUCUGUUUGACACCCAGCAGCCUUUUAGCAAUGAGCAACAAUGGAUUUUUUUUUUUUUGCAUGUCGACUUGAAAUGCAACCCAUUGCAUUGUGGGUCAGUUUGCAGAAAGCAGCGUUAUAUGCAUCCGAAUAAGAUAAUACAAAAACUAAAUGAAGGAAUGUAGAUAAAGUCUCCCCGGAACUUCUCCAAAAUGUUGAGUUCCUGUGACUUGAAGAGGCGACUGACUUAAAGCUAACGCAAGUUUUUAAAGAAGAGCGGCCUCCUCCGCGACGGAGGUUGGGAUGAGGGUGCAGGGGUCAACGGUCAAGAUGGUUUUUAGAUGACUGUGAAGCAGAGUUUAUUUUUCUGGUUUUCUUUUUUUAUGUUUUCUUUCUUCAAUGUUUCUAAAGGUGCGCGAUAGAGUUGUUUAGGUGAAUAAAUAAAUAAAGUUCCCCAUGUCUUGAUUUAA